AUGAGGUUCACCACCACGUCGCUUCUUUCCGUGGCGCUGCCCGCCCUGGCCAGCGCUACCGACAAGCCGUUGGUAGAUUCCGAGAAGCUGCAGUCUCUCAUGAAAUCGCAUGAUCUCCUGGACGGCGCCAACAAACUCCAGCAUUUUGCCGACAAGAAUGGCGGUAACCGUGCCUUUGGGAGCGCUGGCCACAAUGCCACGGUGGAUUGGGUCUACAAGACGCUCAAGUGUCUCGGGUAUUACGACGUGGUCAAGCAGCCCUUCACCGAGAUCUUCUCGACGGGCUCGGGCGACCUGAAGGUCGGCGAACAGUCAAUAGAGAGCCAGAUCCUGACCUACACCCCUGGCACUCCAGGUGAGGUGACGGCGCCCCUCCUCGCCAUCGCCAACCUGGGCUGCGAAAUGGCCGACUUCCCGGCCGAUGUGGUUGGCAAGAUUGCCCUCAUCUCGCGUGGCACUUGCACCUUCUCGCAAAAGGCGCUGAGCGCAAAGGCUGCCGGUGCGGUCGCCGCCAUCAUCUACAACAACGCGGAGGGCUUGCUUUCUGGCACGCUGGGCACCCCCUUCCUGGACUAUGCCCCCGUUGUGGGCAUUAGCCAGGCGGAUGGCCAGGCCAUACUCGCUCAGCUGUCCCAGGGCGCUGUCACGGCCACGCUCAAGAUCGACGCCAUCGUUGAGGAGCGCGUCAACUUCAACGUCAUUGCCGAGACCAAGGGAGGCGACCACGAGAAUGUCCUUGUCGUCGGUGGUCACUCGGACUCCGUUCCUGCCGGGCCGGGUGUUAACGACGAUGGGUCCGGCAUUAUCGGCAUUCUGACCGUGGCCAAGGCUCUCACCAAGUUCAGCGUCAAGAAUGCGGUCCGCUUCGCUUUCUGGGGCGCUGAAGAGUUUGGCCUGCUCGGCUCGUACCACUACAUGAGAUCCAUCAACAGCAGCGAAACCGAGAUGGCCAAGAUCCGAGCCUACCUCAACUUUGACAUGAUCGCCAGCCCCAACCACAUCUACGGCAUCUACGACGGCGACGGAAACGCCUUCAACCUGACCGGCCCCUCGGGUUCAGACGUCAUCGAGAAGGAUUUUGAGGACUUCUUCAAGUCCAAGAACACCCCCUCGGUGCCGACCGCCUUCACUGGCCGCUCUGACUACGCCGCCUUCAUCGAGAACGGCAUCCCCUCGGGCGGGCUGUUCACGGGCGCCGAGGUGCUCAAGACGGAGGAGGAGGCGAAGUUGUUCGGUGGCCAGGCGGGCGUUGCCUACGACGCCAACUACCACAAGGCCGGCGACACGGUUGACAACCUCAACAUGGACGCCUUCUUGCUCAAUACUAAGGCGAUUGCCCACUCGGUCGCCAAGUACGCUGUUAGCUUUGACUCGCUCCCGGCUGUCAAUGUGAACUCCCGGCGAUGGGACGCCGACCGCGCCAAGAUGCUCAAGCGUGAUGCUGAUACCCAUGGCCAUGCCCAUCUCCAUUCUGGUCCUUGCGGUGGUGGGGAUACCAUCUAG